AUGCAGCUUUCCAAUCUUUUCGUUACGGCUUUCGCCCUCCUCGCAUCUCAUGUCUAUGCCCAGACAGGUUCCCAGGGUGUUGAUACUGGAAACAAGUUGUGCACGGGCGCAUGCCUCCCUAAGAGUUCCGAACUCUCCUGCAGCAAACCGGAGUGGCAAGCACAAUUGGGUUGCUACAUGUGCUGCCUCGAUAAUGAUAAUGCGGGGGGCUUUGCGGACAGUCUCCCUGAUGACAUUCUUCCUGAUGACAUUAUUGGCGGCGACGAUUGA